AAAACAUGUGUCGCCUGCAAUAUGCGGAAGCUCAGACGCGAGCGACCCCCUCUGCAAGAUAUGCCAAUCCCAAAAUUUCCUUUCGAGCAGAUCGCAGUAGACACGUCCGGUCCGUACCCUGAAAGUUUCCAAGGAAACCGGUACAUUAUUACUGUCAUCGAUUUAUUUUCUGGAUGGCCAGAGUCGUUCGCUACCUCAUCAAAAAGUGCAGAAACGGUUGCCCAAAUUUUAUUAGAACAUAUCAUCCCUCGCCAUGCUUGUCCUAGGAUUAUGAUUUCAGACAAUGGUACAGAGUUUUGCAACGCCGUCAUAGACCAAAUUACAACUUUUAGCAACAUUAAGCAUAUCCGAACUUCCGUUUACCACCCGCAAUCGAACGGCAAAUGCGAAAGAUAUAAUAGAGUUCAGAACGACAUGUUAGCAAAGUUAGUGAGUAAAUCUCAACGUGACUGGGACACAAAGCUUCCUUCAAUCUUGUCUGCUUAUCGCACCGCGAAAAACGAGACUAUCAAGUAUUCCCCUUUCUUCCUUCUUUAUGGUCGUGACCCUGUUCUACCACUCGAUAGCAUUUUAUCUCCAAAAUAUCGUUACCAAGGUGAAGAUUACGUACCUACCAUGCUCGAAAACAUGCAUUCUGCCUACAGUCAUGUGCGUCACAACCUAGUACGAAGUCAUGAGAGAAACAAAUUUUAUUACGAUCGUACCGCCAAGCCAACGAAAAUCAAAGUCGGUGAUAUGGUUUACUUCAGAAACCCUACAGAGGCGACUCAAAAUGCUUCCAAACUGUCGUGCCAUUGGAAACCUUUUUACCGCGUUAUCAAAGCCAUCAACGACGUAACCUUUGUCAUUAAGAACCAGCUGUCUGGCGAUGUCAAAGUAGUGAACGUUCAUAAUUUGAGAUUCGCUGAUCCAGAUACCCUUUGGGAAAACGUGACAGAAGAACCACAUCAUAUCAACAGCAAGUACGAAAGUAAACAGAAGUCGUUUAUCCCAGUUCCACUUCGUGUGCAGCCUCCACGUCAAUCAAAGUUCUCAUUCGCCGAUACGGAAAUGCAUAAUACUGAAACAGUCACAGAUCGGUCUAUUCGUGAUUCAACCCCCAGUUCGAUAUCAACCCCUAUUGAAACUUACGCUCCAGCGAAACCGUCGCCGAGUGAACAAAAUUACCCACCUUUACCUGAAGAUUCUGAUUCCGAUGCAGAUCUUGACGUGCCGUUAUCCGAAAUGCGAAAACGAUGGAGAGAAGAAAAAUCGAAAGACAAUAGUUCUGACGACGAGAAUAUUCCUUUGUCCCAAUUAGCAAAGCGCCUGAGAACGGAAAAGUUAUCUGAUCCAUUCGAAAUUGAACCUACCCCUAUGAAACGACCACUCACCCGUACAGAAUCAGAGUCGAACGACAUGGAUGCAGAAGCGCGUAGCCCUCCUUCAAAAUUACAAUGUGCCGACCAAGACCACGAAUCGGAUUCAGACGAAUUGGACGCCGAUGGUGUACAUAUUGAAAAGGAGCAAAUGUGUACUAACCCACGUGUGAAAGAAGCCCUGUUAGUUAAGAUGCUGAAAACGCAUGAGAAGUUGAUGACCGACAUGUUCAAACAAUUAGAAAAAAUGUAAAAAGGUUCCCCGGCCCCCUGAGUUAUUACAGGUCGGAUGACAGCCGAAUGUCUACAGUAUUUUGUGGAACCCAGCUAGUACGAUGAAGGCUGAACGGCUGUAUGGUGUUAUAGGGUUUAUAUAGAAUAUGGAUCCCGGUUUGUAUGCCGAAGACAACGUAAUCGCGGUACCACGUUGUAUUGGGUUGAAUGAUAUACCGACUCUGGCUAGUAUGCCACAGCCAUUUAUGUGUUGUUCAUUUUACGUUCGGUCAGUGAACCGUUCAAUUGUUCGUGUACUAACCUCAUGUUUGCGAAAUGUUAAUAGUUGUUUGUGUGUGUUCCAGAGAUGUGGGCAAGACCGUUCUUCCUGACAUUCCUGUUCUAUCUGACAUCUCCGACAACGGCCAACGUUCUCUUCCUGCCCCGAGGCCAUCUCUACGCUUCAUACGACCACUGGACUCUUCACAUCCCCAUCGAAACCAGGACAUCAUGGACGUUUGUAUUGAAGCUGGAGCAUCAUGUGAAGCUCUUUAAAAGUAAAGUCAGUAGUAUAUUUGCAGAGCACCGCCAACAAUUGCGAAGUGACCAGGCAAUUCAGCUUUUUGCUAAGUUUAACCAGAGCGUAAAAGUUAUUGACAUUGUAAUAGAUACUUGGUCAAAUGCGGUACUUGUUGAUUUUUCGGAAACUAAUGUUUCACUCCCCGAAGCCGUAAACUUCAUUCCCCCACUUCAGGACAAAAGUGUCCAUUUGUCUAACUUGAAGAAACAUAUUCAACAGAUUCGAGUACGCAAUGCUCAGCAUAAUAAAACUGUCGUUAUCCCCGCCAUCUCGGUCACAACGUGUAUUGUGGUUGCGUUAGUGCUAUUAACUGUUCUAUACGUCCGAUGUCAUGUGUUUAAACCCAUUAUGAUCCGACCCCAGAAAGUAUCCGCUCAAAAUCCUGCCCCUGACAGCGUUAUUGUUGAAGAAACGUCAAGUGUAGCUCCAAAUAUCAAGCCCCGGGAAAAACUCACGGACCCAAGUCCCUCGUGCUUAAAAUGGUUAAAACCGUCUCCAACCCUCGCUUCUCAGAAAUCCGCAGAUGCCUGAUGCAAAUAUUUUCCAGAGGAGUUCUUUCUCCGCAGCAGAGGUACCAGUAGCGGCGCUCCCACACUCGGUCGAGCCGCCGCCGGUGCUAGUCAGCGCCACUGAGAUCGGGCCGCCCCGCAUCGGACACCCCACGUCCGGGCGCCCCGAUAAAACUACGCUGACGAGUGGUCUGGUCAGCCGACACCGGACGGACGACCCACAACAAUACGCGAGACGUGAGAACGUCAAUGUGUCAAUACCUGACACACGAUCUGGUGUCAAUGGACAAUGGACUGACAAACACGUGUCAGACAGCAGCGUCAAAGGUGACCUAAACCCUCUGAACUCUCUGAACUCCCUGAACUGAUGUGACCGCAGCGGAAUUUUACCAGUGAUUGCGAAGCGAGAACCGAAUCGAUGAGCACGAGUGGGACAGUAGACUAUGUUUCGUAAGCGGACAAUGAAGAAGACUCUAUAGACUUAUAGCUACGAGGACUACAACGAAAAAGAACGGGAAAUUGUGUGUUGAGGUGCUGUGUAUAUUGUUGUGUUAGGUGUUGUUUUUGCUGUGUCGUGUGUUGUGUACGUUAUAUCAUGCAUCAUAUUAGGAGUAUCCCAAGCCGAAAAUUUUGGUCAAAAUUUCAGCUUUAAGGACCUCGCGUUGUGUUGUAACGAAAUUCGUUCCUACCCCGUCCUCCACCUCCCUCUGUACCUACUUACUGCCCAGCCCCCUCGCCCACUUACAAUAUCCUUAUAUGGUCCUCACUCCUCACCUGCGACGCCUGUCCUAGCCCGCUUCUGAUUGGUGCUAUGAUAUGACGUACAUCUAUAUGUAGGACGUGUGUGUAUGACGUUUCAAUAUAGCGGCCGACGCCGAACGCCGAGCAGGAGCUGUGAAAGAUUCAUUCGAAAGCCAACCGCCGUAGCGGCCUGACGUAUCGUUAUUCAAAGUCUCGGCCGACUGUUUAUUACUUUUGGAUUCUGUCCUCAAAUUUGCAAUACAUACUUCAAGAAAAGAAAAA